UUAGCUUCAGUGGCAGAGGACUUGUCUUUCCAGGUGGACCAGGCUGAUGUCUGGCGUCCCAUUGAGUUCCAGUGUGUUCCAGUCAUUAGUCUGAGCCGCCGGGACCGUCAUGGCUGCCGCAAGCGCCACUAAGAUCUCAUGGCGACUACGUGAGUGUCACUUCCUGUUUGUGAUGACAAGAUGAAGUUCAUAAACAUGCCUCCAUUCUUUGUUAUCACACAUGUGUUGUUUACACCUUCAGCUGAUGUGUGUGUGUGUGUGUGUGUGUGUGUGUGUGUGUGCGCGCGUGCGUGCGCGUGCGUGCGCAGAGGAGUUUGAGGCUCACACCAGUCGAGUCUCCUGCGUGUCUUUGGGAAAAAGUUCUGGUCGUUUACUGGCCAGCGGUGGCGAAGACUGCAGAGUCAACAUCUGGUCUGUGAGCAAGGCCAACUGCAUCAUGAGUCUGAGCGGUCACAAGAAGCCAGUCGAGUGUCUUCACUUCAACAUGUCUGAGGAGCUGCUGGCCACGGGUUCUCAGUCUGGAGCCAUACGAGUGUGGGACCUGGAGGCCGCCAAGAUGUUGCGCACCCUGACGGGACACAAAGCUAACAUCACCAGUUUGGGAUUUCAUCCUUUUGGAGACUUUUUGGCCUCCAGCUCCACGGACACAAACAUUAAGCUGUGGGACGUGCGGAGGAAAGGCCACCUGUACAGUUACAAGGGUCACACGCAGGCCGUCAGAAGCCUGGCCUUCAGCCCCGACGGGAAGUGGCUGGCGUCAGCGGGCGACGACCACACCGUCAAGCUAUGGGACCUGAUGCAGGCCAAGACCAUCAGCGAGUUCACUGCACACGGCGGCGCCGUCAACGCCAUCCAGUUUCAUCCCAAUGAGUACCUCCUGGCAUCCGGCAGCUCUGACAGGUCUGUGAAGCUGUGGGACCUGGAGAAGUUUUCCAUGGUGGCCUCGCUGGAGGGAGACGCCAGUCCAGUCAGGUGCAUCCUCUUCAGUCCAGACGGAAGCUGCCUGUUUAGCGGCUCCACGGACUUUCUACGAGUUUACGGCUGGGAGCCUGACUGCUGCUUGGACUCGGUGGCGGUGGGGUGGGGCCGAGUGUGCGACCUCGCCGUCUGCAACGAGCAGCUGAUCGGCGCGUCUCACCAGCUGAGCAGCGUGGCGUCCUACGUGGUCGACCUGAAGCGCGUCAAGACGAGCGCCUCCCCCGCGCUCCCGGGAAUCGUCCAGAGCCAGCAGCCAUCGGCCGAGCCCAAAGGAGGCGCGCUACGCCGCAGCUACGAGCGACCUGCGACCGCCUGCCGCUCUCAAGGGGUCAAGUGCAGCUCAGACGCUGAUAGGCGGAGUCCCGAAGUCGAGAGGCGGAGCCCCAGCGAGGAUGAGGCGGAUGAGAAAGUUUCCUCGGCGGAAAUCCACAACGCCGAAGACUACAAGGAAAUAUUCCAGCCCAAGAACGCCAUCUCUCGGACCCCUCCCAAGGUGCUGGAGCCUUUCCCCGCCCCCCCAGAGGACGAACUUUCUUCAUUGUUUGGGCGACAUGUCCACAACGCGCCCGUUAUUCCCGACCAGCAGCAGGCGUCUCUGCUAGCCUCGUCCACACCCGUCCAGAGGGUGGAGCCAACAGUGGUCACCUGCGCCAAACACCCCCCCCCCUCCGCCGCAGGCCAAGUGUUCCCCGCCCUCCCCCUCAGCGAGCCACUGCCACCGCCGCCACUGCUGCCGCCGCUUCCUCAGACUUCCGGCAAACCGCAUCCUAAAAUCUUCCCCAUCGCCAGGAACGAGCCGAUCGGCCUCAACGUGGCUGACUUCCUCCCUUCGUCGCCCGACAAGAGGCCGGCGGUUCUGAGCGACGAUGAGGCGCUCAGUCAGAUCCGCAAAGGUCACGACACCAUGUGCGUGAUGCUCAGCAGCCGACACAAGAACCUGGACACCGUGCGAGCCGUGUGGGCCCGCGAGGGCAUCAAGUGCGCCCUGGACGCCGCUGUCUCCAUAAACGACCUUUCCAUCGUCGUGGAUGUCCUCAACAUUGUCAACAUGCAGCCGUCGCUAUGGAAACUGGACGUGUGCAUGACGAGUCUUCCUCAGAUUGACAAACUGCUGCAGAGUAAAUACGAGAGCUACAUACAGUGCGGCUGCACGUCACUCAAGAUCAUCAUGAAGUAUUUCUGGCCGCUCAUCUCCGACACGCUCAGAGCGGCGCCAUCGGUAGGCGUGGACAUCACACGCGAGGAGCGACACCACAAGUGCAGGAUGUGCUGCAAGCAGCUGAAGAAUGUCAACAACGUGGUGAAGAACAAGGCGUCGCAGGUCGGUCGCCAUGGUUGCGCCUUCAGAGAGUUGCAGCUGCUGAUGGCACCGCUGGACGACGCCCUUUGAGAAGACGGACUCUUAAGAGCUUUUCAUACUUUCAAUAAAGUUACAAAUAUUUGGAGACCAGGAUUGUUUCUUCCAGCCUGAAGACGACUUUUGUCCUUGGACUAAAGUCCUCGCCUGGGAUCAAAACGAGAACGUCGUGUUCUUUGUAAAACCAGCCGAGGACUUGAAGGUGGUGCCACCAGAUUUCACCUCCUGAGUCAUCUUCUACACCAGGGAAGAACCUCUGCCUCACCCACAAGCUCAGACUCCUGCAUCUGUGUGGGGGUGGUCCCACGUGAGAGGUGCUGGUGGCCCUCGUCUGGACGAGGUGCUGUUCUUCACCGAAGUCUGUUGAAUCGCUCUCGGACUACACGAACACAACCCUGACUCCAAAUCUCCCAGGUGUUCACCACCACAUCAAGGUGUUGAUUCAAGGAUGGUGAGGAAAUACUGGGAACCCGAGUUUUGACAGUGUAGUGCUGUCCCAAAUACAUGAAAUCGUCACGCUCUUACCGGAAAUGACGAUCGCAGUGUUUACCUGCUUCUACUACUUGUGUUCACUGCUUAUACAGUAUAUGUGGACGCCACACUGAGCGCUGAACCAUCCGUCAACGCGCUGCCAUAUUGGAUGUGGCAAGAGCAAACGGAGAAAAUGCAUCAUUCAUGCGCUGCGUAGGAUUGUACCAAACGGUUUACAGUCCAAACCAGGUCUCACUGGAUUACCUUUCACAGGUGAGACGGAAACAAAUACUUUGAAUUGUGUUUGGCCGCGAUGACAUCAUUUUCCAAAUGGAAUUUGCUGACUUUGUGGCGGAUACUACCAAGCCCUGUGCAUGAUACCGUGGAUACCUGUGGGGACACCAGCCUCCAAACAACAGGGACACGUGCUUCCUGAAGUUUGGUCCAUUUCCUUCCAUUACGUCACGGGGCACAUCUGCCACGUCCGAUGUGACGGACGAACCCGCUCAAUGAGGCGUCAACGUAUACAUUAGGGGUGCAGCGAUACUUUUAGAACUUGUAUGUUCUUGUAAUUACCAGGGGUGUCACGAGAUGUCACCUCGCGAGAUGAAAAGGUGAUAUUUGUCGUUGAGAGAAAAGCUGUCCCUCGAGAGCAGAGCAGCCAGAAGCCAACCAGACUGCGAACUAUGGCAUCGCUGUGAAUGAUAAUGCAGUAAUAUGGAAGUGGAAGUGCACAUUAAGCGCUUUGUGCUUUUAUAAACCAGUGCAAUCCAACCUUCCUCGAAGCAACCAAAAAACCAAACCAAUGCUGUGUGGAGGUAACAAGUGGUAGAAAUUUUGUCUCUUUUUAGAGAGCCAGUUCUUUUGGUUGGCUCGCAGGUGGCUCCUCAGAUUUUUUGCUUGUCUUAAUUUAUUACCAAAUGAUGUGUAUUAUGUAAAAUCAAAUACUAAUGUCAAAAAAAUACAUGAUAUCAAAUGUUUAUUAUUGAAAUGGAUUUAUUUAAACCUCAAUGAACAGCUGCAAAAUAUAUUAUAAUGUAUGUUUAAAAUAUAUAUAUUUUUAAAUAUAAAAAACAAAACAAAGACCAAAAUAGGUCGAAUCUCUUCAUGCAAAUUUCUGACGAACAAAUCGGCUCUAAGAGCACCACAGGGUGUUUAACCCGGCCCUUCCCCGUGCUCAGAGUAGACACAGAGACGCCGCCACACAUCUUGAUCAAUGACAUUCGCCUUUCACAGAAAAAAAAGACGAGGAAAAAACUAAUCGGCUCCCAAUUGGCUCCCGGCGACGCGAACCGGCUCUUAGAGCCCAUUCAUUCGCGACAGACACACAGGGCGACGUUUCUGUUGGUUGGUCCCCUAACAUUCAGGCAACGUUAAACCUUGUUAGUUUGCUACGUAAACAAGAGAGAAUGUUUAGCCAACGUUCUCCCUUGGUUUGGUUCUAACUAUCCAUUGGAGAACCAUAAGCUAAUGUUCUUUUAUUGGUUAUGUGUUAGCAGGGACUCAGCCUCAACUUGGCGGCAGCUAGCUAACAAGCUGGAGUUACCCACCUAACUUAAGGUCUUCAGACUCCGUGUGUUUAAAAAAAAAAAAAAAAAGAAAACGAAGCAAUGGGUUUAGUUCAGUGCUCUUUUUUUUGUCCGACGUUGAAGCUACAAGUGGCUACCGCAUUCACGAGGUAUGUGCUAAGUUAGCAGUAAUGCUAGCUCAGGUUAAAAAAAAAAAAGUCAUUUCACAACUCUGCUCUGUUGUCAUAGUAAUAAUUAUGUCGUGUGUCAAAGUUGUUUAAUGAACAUCAACACGUGGUGUAGCGGGGGUCUCCGAAAAACUCCAGAGGAUCUUAUGGCAACACAAAAUUCCUACCUAUUUCAAACCAGUAAAUACCCUGAGACAAAAAUGAGUGCAUCCUAAAGACAAGGCUCCAAACCAGAAACAGAGCAAUGUGGUCUAUUCCAUCCACUGCAAAGAUGAGGAAUGCAAAGAGCACUACAUUGGGGAAACUAAGCAAAUGCUCCAAAAAAGGCUUUAUCAACAUCGCAGGGACAAUGCUAGUGGGCCUCAAUCAGCAGUACAUCUACACCUUAAAGCUACCAAUCACUCUUUUGAGGACAGCGAGGUAAAGAUUUUGGCCAAAGAAAACAGAUGGUUUGAAAGAGGAGUAAAGGAAGCUAUUUUUGUCAAACAACAGAACCCAUCAUUGAAUCGGAAUGGUGGUUUGAGGUUUAAUUUGGACCCUGUGUUCAGCAGGUUACUGAGACCAAAACCCACAGCUCUUAGUCUUGCAAAUGAGGUGAAGCCAGGGCCGAGCCAGAACAAUAGAUGCUAACGAGCCAGUAUCAGAGUCGUUCAUACCCAACUCAGGGAGCGACACUUCCCUUUUAUCGGAGGUGUGAAUAACAGGAGAGGAUUAGACCACAACGCCGCCCAGGCUUAGUGUAAGGAACCAAUAGGAGGAGGGUGUUGGCACACCAAUUCCGCCCACUCUUACUGUAUUUAAGGCCUAGGCUACCAGCACUUAUUAGUUCGCUGACGAAGCUCUUCGGAUGAGGAGCGAAACGUCCGACACCUUCUUCACAGAAGUACAGAUGACGUCUCAAGAAGCCUUUUCCACGUGGUGUGUUAAUUAGGCAGAGGGCUGUUUAAGAAAGGUAUUUAUUUUAUUCUGUUCUUUUUGUUAUUUGCCACCAAAAAAAUCAAAUAAAUAAUAAAAACAUUUGUUUCCAAGGUAAAUAUGUGUCAAAUUAAAUUCAGGUUUGAAUCAAAGAGUAAAAAAAUUGUAUGACAGAUAUAACAAAGGCCAGUUCUACCUGCCCUGUCAUCUAAUGCAGGCGUCCCUUAUUACUUUGUUGG